ACGUUCGAAAAUGUUUAGUUGUUGCGGAAAUAGUUUGUGUACCGUUGGCAACCAAUUUAUGGAGAAAACUUGGUUGAAAAGAAGCGUAUUCUAGUGUUUCACGGAAAAAGUUUUGCGAUGGUAAAGCAAGGGAUCAAAAUUUUCUGCCGAAUAAAACCAACCAAGGCAAAAACAGGGCUCUAUGAGGUUGAUGAAGAUGAAGAUGAAGAGCCAAAAAGGCUCUCGUUGGUAGUUCCUAGAGACCAGGCCUCAGGAUUUAUCAACAAUAAGAAAGAAGAGUAUGCUUUUCGAUUUGAGAAGGUGUUUGAGCAGAAGACAAAACAAGAUGAGAUCUUUGAAUAUGUGGCCAGAGAUGUUGUGGACAAUGCCCUCAUGGGAUACAAUGGAACAAUAUUUGCAUAUGGUCAAACUGGAAGUGGGAAAACAUUCACUAUAACUGGAGGAGCAGAGCGCUAUGUUGACAGAGGCAUCAUACCCCGUACACUCUCCUAUCUGUUUGAGCAGUAUGCGAAGAAUCCAGAAUAUGUAUACACAACACAUAUAUCAUACUUGGAACUGUACAAUGAGAGUGGUUAUGACCUUCUGGACCCCAAACAUGAAGCAGCUAAAUUGGAAGACUUACCGAAGGUGACAUUAAUGGAAGAUAGUGAUGGAAACACUCAGAUGAAGAAUAUCAUGACCCACCAGGCAUCCAAUGAAGAAGAGGCUCUCAACUGGCUUUUCUUAGGAGAUACAAACAGGAUGAUUGCUGAGACUCCAAUGAACCAAGCCUCGACCAGAUCUCAUUGCAUUUUCACUAUUCAUCUUUCAAUACGUGCAGCGGGAUCAGCCACCCUGCGGAGGUCAAAGAUACAUCUUGUUGAUUUGGCUGGAUCAGAGAGAGUUGCAAAGACGGGAGUAGGAGGAAAUCUUCUAAAGGAAGCCAAGUAUAUUAAUUUAUCUCUUCACUAUCUAGAACAGGUAAUUGUCGCUUUAUCUGAGAAGUCCCGUACCCACAUUCCCUAUCGGAACUCAAUGAUGACUGCUGUAUUGAGGGAUAGUCUUGGAGGGAAUUGCAUGACGACCAUGAUAGCUACAUGCUCUGUUGAGAAGAAGAACAUUGAUGAGUCGAUAUCAACAUGUCGUUUUGCUCAACGUGUAGCCUUGAUAAAGAAUGAUGCUGUUCUGAAUGAAGAACUUGAUCCUAAAUUGAUGAUUGCAAAAUUAAAGAUGGAGAUCUCUGAUCUCAAGAACCAGCUAGCUAUGACCUCAGGAGAACAGUCAAUGGAAGAACUGACACAGGAAGAUAUUGAAAGAUUACAGGAGAAGGUUGCUGCAUACAUAGAGAACACUGACCCUGAAUCUCAAUUGAAUGUUGGAGCUGAUAUGAGGAAAAUCAAUGAAUGUUUCAGAAUAUUGAAGCGAUAUUCACAAGGCAAGACCAUCUCCUCUUCGUCAGAAUCCUCACCUCAGAAACAUCAAGAGGAGAGAUCGUCUAGACCUGAUGACACCCCACCCCCAAGUUAUACCCCUGAUACCAGCUACAUGGCAGGGGCGGAGGUCAAGAAACUCCAGGGCAUGGUGCAACAGAGAGAUAAUGAAAUCAACAUCUUGGUUAACAUGCUGAAGAAAGAGAAGAAGAGAGCUCAAGAUGCUAUGAAGCAGGCAUCAGAUGGAGGAGGCGGGACCACCAGGCACCAUCCAACCAAUAGCAGGGCUGCAUCAGAAGAAGACACGCCCCAUAGCAGACAUCAAACCACUGGUAGUAGCCAAUCACAGAGUAGCUAUGGGAGUAGGGCAGGUCACUCAGAGGAAGAGGAAGGGGAGAGUAGCCUUCUCCACAGACCUAAGAGCUCAAGGAGAAUUUUAGGGGAUAUGACUGUUGGGAGGCAGGAAGCGUUUGAGAUCUUCAGACGGGACUAUGAGCACAACCUUACCAUUGAGGAAAACAAACAUCAGCUAAAAGAGAGAUAUGGAGCAGCUAAAUCAUAUGGACAGGGGGUUAAUGAUUGCAGGCAGAAAAUCAAUAAAGUAAAGCGUGAGAUUGAGCACCGUAGGAUGCAGCUUGCCAUGGCAGGCGACAUUGUGGCUGAAGAGGAGGAUGAGGUCGAAUCAAACCUGAGGAUACAAUUGGAAGAUGAGAAAACAAGGUAUAAAGAUGUUUUUAAUCACCUCCGAGGCAUGAAGACUGAGAUAGAGCACUUACAGCACCUUCUAGAGAGAUCUAGGCUUCAGCUCCAGAAAGAUUUUGAGGUUUGGUGGGCAGAGCAGUCAGCAUCUGUCCAGAAUCAGGCAGCCCCUUCACCUCACCGGCCUCCAAGCAACCCUUCCAAGGCGUGGCGCACCCCUCCCGUCUCGCCUAUCAAAGGACAACAAGAGGAUCAUACUAACAGCAUCCACCACUCAUCAUCAUCAUCUUCAUCAUUGACAUCUCAAACCCAUGGCAACAGCCACGCCCUCAUAGACCCUUCCAGUUACCGCAAUAAGACCAACCAUCACCACCAUCAUCAUCAGGAUAAGGGUCACCAUGAACAUCGAAGCAACCUCCAGGACAACCAUCCAGAAGACCACCAGAGACAUCAUAGACCACACUCAGCCACUCACAGGAAUGCACUUCUUCAGGGGCUCAGUCAGAACCAGCAAGGUUUGGACUUCAGUAGGAGACCCCCUGUUCCACCAGUGGGGAAGUCCAGUUCAGCAGAAGAUAGGAUACGAAGGGGUGGUGGAGAGAGUGGAUCCGGAGAGGCUGAAAGUGGCAGACAGCAAAGGUCUAAUUCACAGGGUAAUUCCAGCAGUCUGAAGCUGACUGGUGACAAGAGGGCUGAUGCAGAUAUUAUGGCUUUCAUCAAAGCAAGACAGAGUUUGCUCCAACAAAAAGGGCAAGCACCGAGGUAGCAUCUAUUGAUACUGGUUGUAUCUUGUUUGUCAUGCUGUAUGUUCCAGAGUUUGGAGAACAACAGAACCCACCUACAUGUGGCUUCAGUAGCAUCUAGGAAAAGGUCAUGACUGAAUUGUGCCAAUGCUUCUCCUUGCCGGAAUCAGGUCGUGAGUCCUGUUCCAGUUCUAGGGCUACAAGACACAAAGCUUAACAAUCAAUCGUACAGUUGAUUUGUAUGUUUGAUUGCACAUUAUGAUCAAAGUCAUCAAGAAUGAGAAAUUGUCCUAUGAUCAAGCACUAAGCUUUUUGAUACAGGGUUCAGGUGUCCUUUGAUUAGAGAUAAGUCGAUGCUUUUCCUCUCCACCAAGGUGUCCAGUGGGUACCUGUAACGAUGCGAAAAAUAAAUAGAAGUGUAUUUAGCAAGUUGAGAGUAGUAACUCUUACUCAAAUGCUCCUCAAUGCUAAAGGUAAUGUAUGCGUUUUGUCUGGGGGGCAAGCCAGAACCAGAAUACUCAGUGGGGUAAUAUUAUUUAUUGUGUGAUAUUAGUUGUCAGGACUGACAAGUAGUCAUUACAGUGGUAAAUUACCACUUGGUCUACAAGCAUUUAGUCAACCUUCCAUUGGGUCUCAUCCCACAUGUAUGUCCCUAAUCCGUUUGUCUACUAAUCAUUUGGUCUAGUUGCUCAUCAACGACUUUGUCUAACUUCCUGUUAAGGGUAUACCAUUUCAUGUAAUAUCCACUUGGACUAACACUACUCCGUCCCGUCUUACAAAGAGUUGCGAUUGAUCCACCAUCAACCACAAGUAUGGAUGGCCAGUAACGUCAACAUUUAAAAUGCAAAUUUGUUCAAAAUAUUUUUUAGAUAUGAUGUAUAUUCAUACAUUCAUUGUUUCCUUGAAGAUUCAGUGUGAUUCUCUUUGUUUAUGAAAGACAUUGUGCACAUUUUCUGCAUAAAAAAUUAUGCUAUGGAUGGAUUUCCAUACUGUUAAGAUUUAUUUGAUCAAUCGUGAUUCUUUACAAGGCGGGGCCCUGAUUAGAUGAACUGUGUAUAAACCAAAUUUUCAUUCAAAAAAGUGCAAAAUAUAAGAAGACAAUGAAAAUUAUACCGUCUGUGCAUUAGACAAAAUGAUAGUUUGACCAAGUUAUGGUUGGGUCAAGAAGUAAUGAAACUAAAUUAAUAGUAGACCAGGGGCCUGUUGCAGAAAGAGUUGCAUAUAAACGCAAGUGAAAAUAUCAAGCGCAAGUCCAGAAUACGGGUGCUUCAUUGGCUGAAAGUCAAGUUGCGCAAGAUAUUUUGAGUUGUGUUUGAUCGCAACUCUUUCUGCAACAGGCCCCGGGUGCAGCUCAGACUAGACUAUUUCCAGAGAGAUGGUGCUAUAUAUAUAUAUAUUCCUAUUAUUGUUAUCACUGAUUAAUUAUUAUAGUUAUUAUUAAUGAUUGUAAUAAUCAUUAUUAUUAUGAUGGUGUUAGAAAAUCUGAGAAUUAGACCAUCUGCUUGUAGACCCAGUAAAUACGAACUACUAAAAACUAAUGCACCUUGUCCAAAGUCAUAAUCGCAUUUUUUCCCCAUAGGAAUUCCACAAUUGGCUUUUCGUCACCCAUCCUCAUAUUUUAACUUAGACAAAAUGGUGGAAAAGCCUUAAUUUUGUGAAAAGAUGCAUAGCGUCUAUAUAGUGGGGUUUUUGUUAAAAGUCUUUGAAAAGUUUCCUGACAGACCUCUGUGCUUCUUUGCCAAUCAAAGUCAUGGACAGUUGUCUGGGUUGAUUGUUUUUAUAUGAAAAUUGUUACUUCCUCCCCUCCCUGAUAAUAAGACUGACAACUGUAGGAAAAUGUAAUGAACAAAUAGAGGAGGCAUGUGAUAAAUGAAAAAAAUUAUUUCAUGUGAACAACAGAGCAAAUGCGAUUUUGCCAUACUGUACUGUGAAAUAUUGAAAUGGAUAACGGUUUUCUUAUGCAUGUAAAGCAUUGCAAAAUUUUAACCAACCGUAAUGUGCAAUAAUUGUGUGGUGUGAUGAAUUUAUGAUGAUACUUAAUUGAUUUUCAAGCAAACGAAGGUAUAUGAAUUUGUGAAGCAUUUGUAACUCAUUUCUUGUGCAAAACUAAUGCAUAAUAUAUAAGGGCAGUUCCAUGUAUUAUUUACUUUCAAUCCCUUUAUGUGGGACCUUUGGUUUGUCUCUCUUCUCUAGUUCAUUUAAAAGUUUAGUAAUGCUUUCAAUUCAUCAUGGUUUGAUAACUCUUUGAAUUGAAAUUAGAAUGUAAGAAAUGUAAUAAAGUAUUACUUGUGGAAUUGCCCAUAAACAACAGAACAGUAAUGACAUCUACGAGUUAUUUCUAUUCUUUGGGUAUAGGGUAGUCAUAGAUUACUUUUAAUCAUUUAAGUUUUAUGAAAUAAAACCUUGUGUAGGAAGACACUUGGCAUUUUCAAGUUCGAUGUUGGUACUGGUAUUGGAAGUACAAUUCAGAUUCAUGUAAGAUUUUCUAGCUUCAAAACAUAACAUUAGUUUUGAAACAUUUUUGACUCUUCAAUAUACAGUGAGAUUCAUCCCAGGGCUCUGUUUCAUAAACUUGUUAUAAUAACAAAAUUAAAAUAUCAGUUUAAGCUACUGAAAUCCUUCAAUUUGAUCGGCUGAUAGUAAACUUGAUUAAAGAAAUUGUCCUUUUGUUACUAUAACAAGUCUUUAUGAAAUCGGACCUAGUACCAGCUUCAUUUUAGUUUUGGUGCUGUACUGAUGUGAAAAUACCCAACACCAACACCAAAUGGUCAACACUAAACUUGAAUUUGUUUCCCAUUUGGAGACUUCUAUGACAUUUGUUCUGGCAACACAUCUGUGAAAUCUGCACACUAAGCCUACUCUAAUCCUAACCUUAAUCCCAAUCCUCACAGAAUUCCAAACGAAGUACAUGUACCCUGUCAUAACCUUUACCCUUACCCUAUUUCUUCAGAGAAACCAAGGGAGAAGCAAAUUUUACUGUAGUAUGUGUUUUUCACUAACUUUAACCAUUAGAUCUGUUACCAAUGCAUACAAAAUGUAUGAGUACACAUUCGAGAAAGGUUGUUGCCAAGGGGCUAAAAUCUCCCUUGACGUGGCUACAGAUGUAAGUUUAGUGUGUUACUUCAUAAAUGGGUAAAGGUAACAUUUAUUCAUAAGGUCCCUAACAUUUAACUAGAGGCUUAUAUCUACAUAUAUGAAAAGCGCUUAAUAAACCUGUUUGUAUUUGUUGCAUCCUUUUCACCCCCUUUCAUGUGGGUGGCAAACACUGCCAAUAUUUUAAUUCAAUUCAUAAUUUAGAAACAUGUGGCAUUUUAUAUCAUAGUUUAUUCUUAAGAAAUAUAUCUGUUUAAGAAAAAAAUGUCAACAAUGUAUUUGUUUAUUGGAAAAUUGCUUGAAAUGGAUGGAUGGUACUAGGGGUAAACAUUGGAAGAUUUCAAGUAUGGUAUUGGUGCUGUUGUUGAUGUUGAAAGCACAAAUUGGAUUGCAUUCCAUCGCUCUAAGAUGUAGUCUGAGUUGACAAAGAUGGUCCAAAUCAUACUUUUGCUUUCUAAACACAGAUUGAGAAUUGUCCUAAUUAAUCUUGUUUUAAUCUGGUGCUGUGCUGAUGUAAGAAAUUAGCCAAACACCUACACUGAAAGGUCAACACCAUGUGGACUCAAAAUCACCUAUUUGGUGCAGUAGUGAUUAACAAAAUUUUCUUCCAUCUCUGAGUUAUACGUAUAUGUUUAAGAAAAUUUUGAUGACAUUACAUUUCUCUGAUAUUUUUUUCCGUCCAAAAUAUUCAUUACUACCGGUUAUUAAGUCUUACUCUGGAUAGUUAUUUAAGGACGUUCCACAGUUAAAGUGAAAUCCAUGUCAUUUUCACCAAACUUUGCACAUAGAUACUUUAGAACCUUAAUAUCCGAAAUAUGCAAAAAUUAACAUAGGUCCAUGCGCUUGAUUUUUUGCUAUAGAGCUUCAAGGUUCAUCCAAAUUAAUGUUGUUAAGAAUUGCGCAUUCAAAAGAAUUUGGCAUUUUUAGACCUCGCAAGAUUACUACAAUGAGUUUAAACCUCUAUUACUCAGUCAAAAUACAUGAAAAAGUCAUCAAAUUUCGCAAGAGAGUUAAUAAUUGUAUCGUUAGAAUGGAUAAUCUAUUUAUAGUGCUAUUUGUUUGCAGUUUUAAGUCUAACAGCACUGUUAGUUCUUAAAAAUGGCGUAAAAGAUAACAAAAACCCAAUCUUAAAAAAUGUGAAAUUUCAAUAACAUACUACAAAAGUACAAUAAAUGCUGCACUUUAUUCAAAAUCCAUGUCAUUUUCACCAAAAUUUGCAAAGUUGUAGAGGAAGGUAUACCUAAGAAGUACAAACAUUAAAAAAUGGGGGUUCAUGUGCUUGUUUUUAAACUAUCAGCAUUUUUAUUAGAGCAAAUGUGCUUUUUAAAACACCAAAAAUGUGCCGAAUGCUUUGUAUCUAUGUGAAGAAAAAAUCAAAACCACUCUACCAUUUAUUCAAACUCGGGGACUUAUUCGUAAUUCUUUGCAGCACUGCAGAGUUAAGUAUUUUGAAAUUGUAGAGAUAUUUUUAAAAAUGAUGAGAAAAAUCAGCUCAUACCCAGAGCUAAUUAAUCACCUGUUCAUCCAUUGUGACGUCAGCGCGCAGAGUGUAAACUAUGCGCAGAUCAUAAUGCGCACAAACAUAACAUGGAUGUGUCCUUUCAUAAUGAUGGAAACAAACUGUGGUUUCUUUGAACUCUUCCAAAUAUGACUGUCCAAGUUCUCAUUGCGACUUUCUUCUUUCUGGUAAAAACAAUUCAAAAAUGAGUAUGAGUUCAUCUACUAUUAUAUCUAUAUUGUGAUUAAAUAUACACUCUGGUGUAUUUCAUAUAUCGA